GCACGUCUCGUACUGGUACGAAAGACACGAGCGAAUCACUUCGCCUUUACAAGAUUGUGCGGUUAAGACCUGAGCGCUAGACAUUGCUGGACAAGCGUCCACACUUAAGAUUUCAACAUGUGGACGGCGGCCUCAGUGCUUCUGUUACUGUGUGUUCUCCCAUUACUGACUACCGCCCAGACGUGUGACAAUGCCAAUCCGUGCCAGUUUACGGGUGGUGACGCGUACACCAAGACUGCUGAGGUGACGUCAUCCAAUGGGGUCCUGAGUCAAACUAUGACCGUUGACAUCAGUGACGUCACCAUCGAAUGGCUGACCACCCAAAGGAGAACCUACAAUGGAGGAUUCCCAGGACCGACGUUUCGUCUGAAGGCCGGAGACAACUUGACCUUGACGCUGGAGAACAACCUUGGCCUUCAACCUGCAGGUGAACAUAACGAGUUCCGUGACCCCAACACUACAAACAUCCACACACACGGGCUACACAUCUCACCUUUGGAACCACAGGACUACGUGCUGUUGGAGGUUGGUCCUGGAGAGACGUACAACUAUAACUUCGAACUGAACGCAGACCAAAAUGCUGGGACUUUCUGGUACCACGCACACCACCAUGGAUCGACGUUUUUCCAAGUUGCCAGUGGUCUGGCAGGGUUGUUGAUAGUAGAGGACGAAGUGAGCUCCAUGUCUGCUGAACUAGCCGCCAUCUCCUGCCCUGACAACUGUGACAAGGAGGUCCCGAUGCUACUGGGAAAAUUCUUAGACUACAGCGGAGGAGGGGCCACUUUAGCCUCUGUGCAGAACGACAUCGGGGAUCCGUUCACACUUGAUGAUACAGUCACAACAUCUGAAGGAGUGACACUGUCAGCAUAUCUGACUGAUCAACAGACUGGAGUAUCAGCUUACAUGGUCAACGGCCAGGUACGCCCGGUGAUUACUAUGCAGCCAGGCGAGAUCAGACGGUUCCGUAUGGUGAACGCUGGUCCCACGGACAUGCUGCUUCUCACCAUUACAGGUUGCGAGAUCACCAUCCUGGCCUAUGACGGUGUGUAUGUGGACACGCCCUAUUCUCAGGACUUCAUCUUCAUCCCUACUGGAGGAAGAAGUGACGCCGCCGUGAGAUGUGCAACUGCUGGCACCUACGAGCUAAGCUCUGCGAACAAUAACGCACACGAGGCGUCUUUCGGAGACAUUGACAUCUAUGGAGGAGUCAUCGCUACCAUUGAAGUAACAGGUGCUACAUUGUCCAUGAACUUUCCGACGGCAACGCCAGCAAAGCCUUCGUUCCUGGAUGACCUGCAGAACGUGGAAGACUCUGCCAUAGGGGGCAGUUAUGUGGUGGAGCUCGGGCCGACUCCGUACCUGAACCGUGAGAAGUUCACAAACACUACCUACUACCGAUACAACUUCGACGUGGACACCAUCCAGGAGUGGAUUUUUACCAACACAGACGAGGACAAUGGACACCCCCUGCACAUGCACGUGACCCAUUUCCAGGUCAUCUCCUACAACUCGUACCCUGGACCAAUGACUGGUGGAGGUGGUGGAGGUGGUGGUGGUGGAGGGCCAGGUGGUGGACGUCGUCGCUUGCUGCAAGGUCCAGGAGGAGGAGGAGGUGGAGGAGGAGGAGGAGGGGGAGCAUUUGCGUACUACGACCUAAACCAGGGCAAUCUAUGUGACCAGCAGCACAAAGAUUUCGACGCGAACGCCGUUACUCCCGACCCCAUCACCGUGGAUACCACCUACCUCGGCCAUGACACCAACGACCGAAAUCUCGCGGGCUACGCGAGACUUGGAGAGUUCCGAGAUGUCCUCCUGAUCCCCCCAUUGGCCAGUGUCAAAGUCCGUUUCAGAGCAACCGACUACAUCGGCCCUUACGUCCUUCACUGCCACAUCCUGAACCACGAGGACGAAGGGAUGAUGAUGGUGACGUACUCCACUCCGGCCGGGCAGGCCUCGCAGAGCCCCUGGGAGUCGUCGGGAGGACACAACCCUGGCACCUGCAGUUCCACAGACGUGUACCCCGACAUCCUGCAGAACACGAGUGCUGGGAAUAAACAUGCCGUCAGCAAUGGAUGGCUGACGAUCCUGUUGAUGCUGACGGUGGCAUCUGUCAACGUUUUCUUGUAGGCUAUAUAUUAGGACAUAUCCUGUCUGUAGCGAAUCAUGGCUAGGGUUUUUAGUUAGACAUAAAAUGUUUCGUACUUUUACCUAAAUCUGUAGUUUUCACCUAUGAUUGCUACUGUCAAUACUAAUUUUAUGAAGGCAAAGCUAUUCGAGAUGAACAGAUGCAUGCAAACUCGAUGUGCUGUUUAAGAUCCCUGACCUACACCGAACCCCCUCCCCGGCCUAGACCUAGACCAUCAUCGAACAUGUGUAAUGGUUACGACUUUCUAUGGCUUUUGUAUAUGUUUUCAUGAAACACGUGUCUUUUUCUCAUUCGGUUGCUCAAACUAAUCAUGUUACAACUUUCUGUGUUACAUAAUUGACAAGUUCUCACAACUUUAUAUUUCUAGAUUUAUUAUAUGUUAUUGGUGGUUUUAUUGUUUUAUGUAUUGAAAAUCAAUUCGGAGAAAUUGAAUAGGCCACUCAGGUGUCUAAAAGUGAAUAACCGAAAUAACAGAUAACAUAAAUGUUCUAGUUUGUAGAGUGUUUUCGUUUGAAUGUAGAUGUAGAUGUAGAUGUGUAGGUGGUAGGGUUAAUGCUUUUACCUGAUAUCGUGUUGCAUUGGUAGUUGGUUUAUUACUGAACGGAAUACUCUAUCAUGUUUCGGUAAAAUUCUUCUAAGUGUUCUGUGCUAAUGACAUUGAUUUUUAUGAAUCAUACCUUAUAGUACUGAGCGAUUAGUUUGAUUCUUUAAGGUGAAUAUGCUAUGUUGCUUAUUGUGUUCAAAAUAUAUGCUGCUGUUGAUUUGUACACUUUGUAUUUAUUUUUCUUAUGUAGUCAAGGAUUCAAAUAUUUUCUCAUUCCUAUGACUUUUGGAAAAAUACAAAUAAAGACAAAACAAAGUA